AUGGAGGCGGCGGCGAGUACUCCGCCGGCGCCGGCGAAGAAGCAGAGGGACUUCCUCCUCCACCUCGAGGCCUACCUUGCGAAGCGAGACGGCGUCGAUAAGCUCCUCAAGAUCUCCCGCUACGCCACGAAGAUACUCCUCGCUGCUCCUUCCGUCCGCGAGGCGGCGGAGCUUGGUCCCCGCUUGAAGGCCUUCGAGUCCAGCGUCGGCGUCAGCCGGAAGGCCUUCCGCCUCGGGAAGUUCGUCCAGGACCUCAACGCACUGCGAACCUCCGCCGUUGGCUCCCGAUCAGCGGCGGAUCGGCUCCUCGCCGUGGUCGCCUAUGGCGGCGAGGGGGUUUACUACUUUGUGGAGCAGUUCGUGUGGCUGUCGAAGGCGGGGCUUAUUGGUGCCCGGCACUCCAAGAGCCUCCAGAAGAUCAGUGCCUGGGCGGAGCUCGUGGGAUACGUCGGGAGUAUAGCUCUGAAGAUUGAAGACUUGAAGAAGAUUCGCUUGCAGUUGACGUCUAUUGUUGCUGCCAACAGGAAAUCUGCUGGUUUCAAUGAAGGGGGAAAUGAGGAAUUGAGGCGGUUGAGGGAGAAGCUGCUUCUCAAACAGCUCUCAAUAGUUCAAGACCUCGCUGAUGCUCUGAUGGCGAUUGGGGAUGUGAGAGACGGAAAGGGGGUUCUAUCCGGUCCCCUUCUGAUGGCCUCUGCGGGCCUUUUGUCAGCGCUCAUCAGCACACACAAAAACUGGUCAUCUUGCUAA